GCAUUGCACAUCUACCAUAGCAAACUUGUCACAAGCACCUCUUCAAGAUGAUUAAUUUGGGUGAUGCUGAGCUUCUUGAAGCUCAAGCACAUGUAUGGAAUCACAUCUUCAAUUUCAUCAACUCCAUGUCCCUUAAAUGUGCAGUUCAAUUAGGAAUCCCAGAUGUAAUCCAGCGCCAUGGCAAACCCAUCUCCCUUUCCCACCUCAUUUCUGCUUUGCCUGUCCACCCAGCCAAAUCUCGUUGCAUCCCUCGCCUAAUGCGCAUUUUGGUUCACUCUGGCUUUUUUGCUUGAGCAAAAAUCAGUGAAAAUGAUGAAGAAGAAGGGUAUGUUCUCACCAAUGCAUCUCAGCUCCUCCUCAAGGACAACCCCUUGAGUGUGGCACCAUUCUUGAUGGCCAUGCUUGAUCCUAUUUUAACAGGACCAUGGCAUUAUAUGAGCACUUGGUUCCUAAACGACGAUGUUACUCCAUUUAAUACAGCUCAUGGGAAGACAUUUUGGGAGUAUCAUGGACACGAACCGAAUCUCAACAAUUUCUUUAACGAAGCAAUGGCUAGUGAUGCUAGGCUGGUUACGCAAGUGCUGAUCAAUGAGUUCAAGGGGGUGUUCGAGGGGUUGAAGUCAUUGGUUGAUGUUGGUGGUGGAACAGGGACUCUGGCCAAAGCCAUAGCUAAAUCAUUCCCCGAUUUGGAUUGCACUGUGUUUGAUCUCCCACAUGUAGUGGCUGGUCUGCAAGGCACUCACAACUUGAAAUAUGUUGGAGGCGACAUGUUUGAUGAAAUUCCUCCUACCGAUGCAAUUUUACUCAAGUGGAUAUUGCAUGACUGGAGUGACGAAGAAUGUGUGAAGAUACUGAAGAGAUGCAAAGAAGCCAUUAAAGGCAGAGGAGGGAAGUUGAUUAUCAUAGACAUGAUGAUAGAGAACCACAAAAGAGAUGAUGACUUCCCUGAAACACAACUCUUCUUUGAUAUGCUGAUGAUGGUCUUACUUACUGGUAAAGAGAGGAAUGAAAAAGAAUGGGCAAAACUCUUUUCUGAUGCUGGUUUUAGUUAUCAUAAGAUAAGCCCCGUGCUGGGUUUAAGAUCCAUCAUUGAAGUUUAUCCUUAGUUUAGUUUAAUUAUCAAGCUUCAUUAGUCUUAUCUUUAUUUUCAAUUUAUAUUUUAGGUCUCUGAUGUUUUCAUUUCUUGGUUGAUACAAAAUGCGUUGUUUAGUUCAAUAUCCCUAUUGUCAUUCUUCACAAAGUCUAAUAAUGCUAAGCUCUAAUAAUCUUCAUGGUUCAAGCUUCCAACA